CUCCUCAUUUUAACUUAAUUUUCCCCUCUUUUUUUUUCAUUUUCAUUUCCUCUGGGACUGUUUUUCGUCCUUUCCUUUGGCCCUUUUUUCUUUUAGUAUUAUCGUUACCGUUAAAUUACAGUUAUAUUUCCGGCGUCUUUCUGGCCUUCGUCCACCGGCGGCCUCUGAAUGUUUAUGUGCCGGCGUUUACUCAAGUAGCAGACUACUGACGAGGUUAUGGACUUCUCAAAUGAAUUAAUGGUAUUCUGUCAAGACUCCUAUCACUAGCUUACAGGACGGUUGGCCAAAUGAGUUUUUCUCUGAACAAUUGCAGCUGAAAGAGGGCUCAUUUACCCAAGAUUCAUCAAUUGAAAUACUAACCAAAUUGAUUACUGUCAGUGGGUAUCUCCAGAGGAAAUUUGUGGUCGGACUGCACAGGAGAAAGAGUUCGCAUUUCAGAUUCCAUAUCCUAAACCUCCAAAAUUGCCAAAUAAAAAUUGUGGAUCAUACAAAGUGUGAGAAAGUGUCAAGCAAUAUGCAGCCAAGGGAUAGCCCUCAUAAUGGGGUUCCUGUGUCACCAUCCAAUUCAGGUGAGUUUGUUUCUUGUGUAGUACCGAAAAUUGAAUCAGGAAGUCUGCAGCAAAAACAGAUCUCUGCGAGUGAAAGUUGUGAACCAGAGGCACAUAAAGUCCCUCCCUUAGUGAAAAAUGAGAAAGAUGAAUUGAAUCAGUGGCAGAGCCAUGGUGCAGGAAAUCAUUCAACAGCAUAUGGUGAAACUGAAGUACUUGAUAGUGGGAAAGAUGUAGCAAUAUCCAAUCGAGUUUCUAUUGUACCAAAAAAGGAGCUAGUUUCUGAUGGUCAGCUUCAUGCAUCAGUGUCUAGUAAGCAAUUAAUCCCUGAGAAUGGAAACAGGGCAUCGCAGUUCAAUCAAGUGUCUGUGCAGCCAAAGGAGGAGUUGGGUCCCUCAGAGCAGAAUUUGAGUCCACAUACUGGAAGCAAUACACCAAUGUCUGGUGAGAAACUGAUACCUGAGAGUGGGACCCAUGUGUCACAAUUCAAUCAUGUUUCUAUAAUUACAAAAAUGGAUCCAGAUGGUCCAGAGCAGGAACAAGGAACUGAUGCUGGAAAAGAUGCAUCACUACCCUGUGAAGGAAGAGGAACUGAUUCUUCAGUGCUUGAGAAGUCUUUGCAACAUAUGCAAAAUACUAAUAUGCGUGUGUGCACAUCUUCAUCUGAUCAAGAGAAAAUCACUUAUUCUGCUAAACCAGAGAAAGUUCUAUAUAAGUUGCAGCCAAGACGGAACCCUGAUAGUGGGGUUCAUGCAACACAAUCUGAACAGGGAAGCAAUUCCCCUAGAAUACGUGAAAAAGCAUUGGAUGAUGGAUAUAAUUGGCGGAAGUAUGGACAGAAGCUUGUUAAAGGAAAUGUUUUUGUAAGGAGCUAUUACAAAUGUACUUAUUCUACUUGUCGAGCCAAAAAGCAGGUGGAGAGAUUGCAUGAUGGACGUCUUACAGAUAUUAAGUACAUUGGAAAACACGAACACCCUAAAUUGCAAAGUAGUCCCCAAUGUACUGCAUUUGUGUCUCCUUCUGAAGUGAGUAAAGCAGACAUGCCUGCAAUAGCUACAUCUGAAGCUGAAGAUGAGCUGGUUGUUGCCCAUAAUGAUAAACCUCAACCUAUUGACCCAGCAGAAACUCCAAGGGAGUUGGCUGCCACAGCAAGUAAUAAUAGUACAGGAAAGGCAGUUCCACAGUUGCAUAAUCCAAGAGAUGAUAUUGAUAAUGACAUCAGUCCCACUUCCAAGAGACAGAAGAGAGAAACUUGUGAUGUUCAUAACAAUCAAGUGAAAAAGACUCAUUGUGAAUCAAGGCAAGUGGUUCACAUGAUGAGUGAGGUUGACAUAGUAAAUGAUGGCUAUCGCUGGCGCAAAUAUGGGCAGAAAUUAGUUAAAGGAAACCCCAAUCCUAGAGACUUAGUUCUGAGCAGAGGAAUGAGUAACCUUGGUGGAAGCAGCAAAGGGACAUGAAACCUUGAUUUUUUUUCCUGAAUUUUUAUGCAUCUUUUACAAGUAUUCUGCAUGGACAUAUAAUGGUAGCUAUGGCAUCUAUACUAGAAGUUACAAAUUUUAGGGGAUGGAUUCAAGUGUUUCAUAAUACAAUGUGUUAGUAUGUUCAGAAAAUGAUAGUUGAUGGAAACUUGUGAUUUCUUGUUGCACUUUAAUUCUGUAUAAUCCGCUAAGGUUAGUUAUUUGCUUGAUAAUAUACUUCUCCUUUUCCUGUUCCAUCUUCAGCUGUAGGUACUACUAUUUUUACACGCCAGUUAGUUUCAUUUAAUGCAGAUGGCAGCUUGUCAGUUGUAAUACAGUAUUCAGUUUCUGUUUGACAAAAUAUGAAAAGCAAAAAUAGUGAUAGUCUGUUCUCUUGGCUAAAAUAAAAGUGACUCCAUAGUUAAGUUGGCAAAAUUCUGGUUUAUUGUAAUGAAUUUCUUCGAUUUAGUAUUAAUUUGUUGUCUUUUUGCUCCAGCUUUAAUUGGUUUUGGCGUGCUUCUUUUGUGGGUCUUAUAAAGUAGUUGCAUCUUUUAUUUGUGUAUGUCACCUGUGAUGCAUCUAUUCAUGACAAAACUCCUGAUUUAUAUUUUGUUUAAUUAAAUGUUAUCUGAGGACUUUUUGAUAGAAUAUUGAUGCCUUAUUUCAACUCUGAUUGAACCUAAGCUCUUUAAUUUUCAAUGCCUACUAUUAAGAUCCAAGCAGUUGUGCAUUUUCUGUUUCCAUUGUGCUACUGUAAGUUAAGAUAGGGUUUGUAAUUGUUUGCAUCUGCUAGUGGCCUAUAUAAUGUGCACAUCCACUGUAAAACAUAAAAGAAAAUUGAGCUGAUUGUAGGAGGAGUAAUUUUGGCAGACAUAUUAAUUGGCUUCCAGCUUUUGAUGCGCAACCGAUUUGCUUAGGAGUGAUUCCUUGCCAUUACUACUAGUGAUUUUUGAGGUUUCCCGAUAACCUCUUCCUUGGGAGUCUACUUUCCAUUUGUGAUUUUAAAGCCAAUUCCUGCCAUCUUUGAAACCCGAUUUCAUCUUUAAAUUCAAGAAGCCACUGCAUCCAAGCUGAGUUUGCUCCUUAUGACUCUAUAUCACGGUUGCUGAUCUCAAUCAUCCUAAUUAACAUAGAGAUGUAUUAGACUGGUCAGUGAUGAUUUCUGCACACUUUUCUUUCUUUUUCACCUGUCAUUCAUGUUUUAAUGUUCAUCCUAUGUGGGCAUUCAUUUGGAUGUUUGCCUCUAGAAGUCCCGGCAACUUUAUGUUUUUGGUUAAUUGACAAAUAAUGCUUAAAGUUGCUGUGCAUCAAAUUUGCGUUUUUAUUGUUGUAAACUGUGUUUUCUUGGC